CAAAAGACGAGGGACCCACUCGCUGUAGAAUGAGACAUUUUUGGUAGUUAUAAGGUCUGACACAUCCCUUAAGAAAGAAAAGGUCCGAAAUUCAAACUAAGUAGACAAUGCCAUAAUGCCCACCCAUAUCAACGUUUGUUGCCAUCCCUACCAGUGCAAGACACUCACACAUACACACCCUCUUUCUGUUGCCGAACUACAAUGGCCACUCUCGACUCUCUAAAGCGGGCCCUUAGGCAGAAAGCCACGGCAAAGGCAUCGUCUCCAGAGCAGCCGUUGUCUAACACACAGUACAGUGCUGGCUUCGAUACUUUAGUGCGGGACUUAGGAUGGAUGACGUACCAAGACUUCAUUCUUCCUCAACUAUCUCGUCUGCUUGCCCCUAUAUUCAACUCGCGUAUCCAUAUCUCGGUGCUAGAAAUCGGACCUGGCCCGAAGAGCGUACUCGGAUACUUGCCCAACGGUCUGAGACGGAAGGUCAGCCGAUACGCUGCUUUCGAGCCAAACGGCUUGUUUGCUACUAGGUUGGAAGAAUGGCUUUGCUCUACUUUGGAGACCAAAUUACCGCUGCCCUGUCUGAAAAGCCCGCCCGACAUUCAUCGAACCCCCUUCGUUCUGGACAGCUUCGUAGGGAGCGGUAGCGGUACCGGUACGAGUGAUAGCGACGAAAAGUUCGACGUCAUCCUAUUCUGCCACAGCAUGUACGGCAUGAAGCCCAAACAUAAGUUUAUCGAACGGGCACUGGAAAUGCUUGUUGAGCGGCCAGAAGGGGGAAUGGUGGUGGUUUUCCAUCACGACGGGACGCUCUACCUCGACGGCUUGGUGUGCCAUCAAACGGCCUCUUUCCCUACCGGGGUCGUUCGCGUGGCAGAUACCGAUGAGGUGCUGGACUGUUUUGCUCCUUUCAUUGCGGGGUUUGUGAUGCAGAAUGUAGAUGUGGACAAGGCUAUCCGAGUCGACUGGCGCAAGGUGUGCCGCGCCCUGGGCCGUCGUGAGGAAGCCUAUCCCCAAGACAAUCUUUUAUUCGGCUCGCCCAACGUCGUGGCGACCUUUACUCGGCAUUCGACAACGUUGCCGGAGCUGACGGCGCAGUUGCCAGUGGUGAAUGGGGAGACGACAGUCAAAAAUCGGGAGGCACGCCUCCACCGUCCCGCCUCGGUCAUCAGACCGACAGAGAUUCGACACGUCCAGCAGUGCGUUCAAUGGGUUACAAAGCACGGUUUCGGCCUAACGGUCGUCGGUGGGGGUCACAGCGGUCAUUGUCUCUGGCCUAACGUCGUCUCGGUUGACAUGGGCGCCUUUGACCAAAUACAUAUUCUCACGGCUGGAGGGGAUGCAGGAGACCCCGGUUCCGACCCAGGUUGCGUGGUCGUUGCCGAGGCCGGCUGCAAUACAGGGGACAUUAUCCGUCAGACCAUGGCGAGGGGUGUGACAGUGCCUCUGGGCGCCCGCCCAAGCGUAGGGGCCGGGCUGUGGCUACAAGGCGGCAUCGGGCACCUGGUGAGGCUGCACGGGCUCGCGUGCGACGCCGUCAUCGGUGCCGUAGUGGUCAGCGUCGACUCUGGCCAAGUCCUCUGCGUUGGUCGGGUACCACGCCAACACCGGCCGGCCGGUGCCGUGCGUCCGGAAAACGAAACCGAUCUGCUAUGGGCGUUGAAAGGCGCCGGGACUAACUUUGGCAUCGUGAUCAGCGUUACUUUCGCGGCUUACCCGGCUCCGACCUUCUUGACUCGAAACUGGGUUAUCCCUUUGCGCGACAACCUCGAGGCGCGGCUCAGGCUCGGGGACUUUGAUCAAUUCGUCGCCGCUAAGCUCCCCCGGAACUGUUCUGCAGACGCAUAUCUGUACUGGCACAUCGGCCAGCUGCAUCUUGGCGUGACAACGUUCGAAUCUUCCACAUCUGGGCUCACCUCUGCGGCACCCACACCCAUCCCCUCGCCCAUAGUUACAAUUUUAGGACCAGAGGAUAAUUUCAAGCUCGUGGACAGCGUCGGUCUGUUCGAGACCGAGAUGUACAUGACCGGGAUGCACGGCGGGCACGGCGGCGGCAAGAACUCCUCGUUCAAGCGUUGUUUAUUCCUAAAGGGCAUCAGAGCAGUGAACGUCGUAGACAUUAUGGUGGCGGCCGUCGAGAGUCGUCCCUCCCCACUCUGUUACCUCCAUCUGCUGCAAGGUGGCGGAGCGGUCGGCGACGUGGCGGACGAUGCCACUGCUUUCGGCUGUCGAGAUUGGGAUUUUGCCUGCGUGAUCACGGGUGUUUGGCCCCGUGAACAAGAUGGAACCGAAGCCGCCCGAGCUGCCGAGCAGUGGGUUUACAACGUCGCCGGGGACUUGUUGCCCCUGAGCAGCGGAGCUUACGGCGCCGACCUUGGGCCGGACCCUAGAGACGCCGCGCUGGCGGGCAAGGCUUUCGGACCGAACCGGCCACGCCUGGCCCGUCUCAAACGCAGCUUGGACCCACGCAAUGUGCUAGCUUACGCCUGCCCGCUCCCGAAAGCGCUGAUGAAACAGAAGCUCAUCAUCCUUGUUACGGGCGACAGCUGCGCCGGCAAGGACUACUGCGCCGACAUCUGGGCCUCUGUGUUCAUCGAAUACGCCAACAAAAGCCUCACGGCGGAUGUCGUCAGCAUUAGCGAUGAGAUCAAGCGAACAUACGCCGCGGCUACUGGUGCCGACUUGAGCCGCCUGCUUUGCGACCGUGCCUACAAGGAGCAACACCGGCCAGCGUUGACAACAUUUUUCCAGGGCCGGGUCCGGCAACGACCUUGGCUUCCACAGGAACAUUUUUUGAAUGUGGUGUACGGUGCUGUAGAUGCUGACGUGCUGCUAAUCACCGGGAUGAGAGACGAGGCGCCGGUCGCAGCCUUAUGGCAUCUAGUGCCAGAUAGCAGACUGCUUGAGGUUCGCGUCAAGGCUGGCGAAGAGACGCGACAGAUUCGACGAGGUUGUCACAGCGGCGGUGCCGAUGGUGACGACAACAAGGACGACAAUGACAGCAAUAACGACAAGUCGGGUUUGACGGCCGUGGACUACCGCCCGAGCCUAAUCUUCGACAACGACACGGCCGGAGACGAGGCGGCAACGCGGUUUGCCGAACAACAUUUGCUUCCCUUCUUCCAUGAGGACCUGCAACGACUGGCCAACAUGGUGCGCUCGGUACCCGACUUUCCACGCCCGGGCAUCGAGUUCCGCCACGUGCUUGGCAUCUCCCAGCAGCCGGGUGGGCUGGCCCUGUGCACGUCUCUGCUGCAAACCCACUUCACCGGUGACUGGGCUAAAGUCGAUGCGGUGGCGUGUUGCGAGGCCGGUGGCCUUGUCUUUGCGUCGGCGUUAGCCUUGCGGGUCAAUGUGCCCUUAAUGCUAAUCCGCGAAGCCGGCAAGCUCCCCCCACCCACCGUCUCCACCAUCAAGUCCCCGUCGCACAUCUCGUCUUCAGCACCCAACGAGCCGAGAGAGAAGAGGAUCGAGAUGGACCGAGACGUGGUCCCCAGGGGCGCGUCAGUGGUGGUGGUGGACGAUGUGCUUGCUACGGGGGAGACGUUUUGUGCGGUUCUGCAGCUGUUAGGUGAAGCUGGCAUCAAUGCCGAGCAUGUCAGCGCUAUCGCUGUGGCCGAGUUCCCUGUUCAUCGUGGCCGGGCACUGUUGCGCCAACGUGGCUUUGGCGGAGUUAAUAUUCAAAGCCUUUUGGCUUUUGGUGGUGCUUAGAAAACGAGGUGUAGGGUAGGUGGGAAGGUACGGCCAAGUGUAGGGCUACAAAACCCCGCCUCAAACCAGAAGUAACCAUCAUAGAAGAAAGAAAAAAAACAUCUUUUUUGGCCUUCAUAUAAAUCU